UGGAGAGGAUGUUCUCGCGUGUGAUGGGAGAUGGAAGACAAAGGCGCAGAUGGGAGUAUUGCUACAUGGCUGUGCGCUUCUUAUUUCUGUUGUGCUUCGGAAAACAGGUUUGCGCUCAGAUAAGGUACUCUAUUCCAGAGGAGGUGAAAGAAGGUUCUGUUGUGGGAUAUGUUGCUAAGGAUUUGGGUCUUGAUGUCAGUACGUUGGUGGACAGACGGUUCCGCAUCGUUUCUGGAUCUAACGACGCUUUUUUCCAGGUAAAUCAGCACAAUGGCGCCCUGUAUGUUCAGAAGAAAAUAGACAGAGAGGAACUGUGCGAUAGCAGCAGCUCCUGUUCAGUGAAUCUUAAACUGGUCGUUGAAAAUCCUCUCGAGGUCCAGUACGUCGGAGUGGAUAUAACGGACGUCAACGACAAUUCGCCUAAUUUUUCUGAAUUGGAGCAACAUUUUGAGAUAGCCGAACAUACGCCUACUGGCACGCGCUUCCAGAUACAGGCUGCGCGCGACGCAGACACGACAGUAAAUAGCGUGAAGUCUUAUAAUCUAAAUCAGAACGAUUAUUUCGAGAUCGAGACAAAGGAUAGGGAUGAGGAGAAAAUCCCAUUUUUAGUUUUGAAGAAACCACUAGACCGAGAAAGCAAAGCAGAGCAUAGGCUGCUCUUGACUGCAAUUGACGGUGGUAAUCCACCGCGAUCAGGGACUCUUAAUGUUACUAUAACUGUUCUUGACAGCAACGAUAAUCGUCCGCUGUUCAGUCAGGACACAUUUUCUGUAACACUACAAGAAAAUAUUCCAGGUGGUACAAUCGCGAUAAGAAUUAAUGCAACUGAUUUGGAUGAGGGCACAAAUGGUGUUGUUGAAUACACGUUUGGCAGAAACAUAAAGCAAAAAAUUCAUGAUAUUUUCAAACUGGACAGUAAGACAGGAGAGAUUUCUGUAAAAGGUUUACUGGAUUUCGAAGAUACUGAGGUUUACAAGCUAGAUGUGCAGGCCUCAGAUAAAGGCCAGCCACCACUGGCAGCGGAGUCCGUUGUUAUCAUUAAGAUUCAAGACAUAAACGACAACUCUCCUGAAAUAGAGGUCACUUCACUUAUCAGUGUUGUUCCUGAGGAUUCUAAACCGGGGACUGUAAUAUCGCUCAUCAGUAUUACAGAUAAAGAUUCGGGUAUAAAUGGCAAAGUAUUAGCGAGCAUCGCGGAUAACAUUCCUUUCGAGUUAAAAUCGUCCUUUCAAGAAAACAUGUAUUCUCUGGUGACAAAGGAACGAUUGGACCGAGAGCUCGAAUCACAUUAUGACGUCACAAUAACAGCCACAGACCUAGGAACGCCUAAAUUAUCAACUGUUAAAAAGUUGACUGUACAGGUAUCAGAUGUUAAUGACAACCGUCCUGAAUUCCCUCUAAAUCCCUUUGAGCUGUAUUUAGUAGAAAACAACGCCCCUGGCGCUUCCAUAUUCUCCGUGAGCGCCACUGACAAAGACCAGAACGAAAACGCUAUGAUUACAUAUCACAUAAUGAGAGGAGCUCCGUCUAGAGAUGACAUGACGUCAUUUCUGAAUAUUAAUUCUGAAACAGGAGUUAUUUAUGCACUGAAAAGUUUCGAUUUUGAAUCACUGAAAACGUUCCAGUUCCACGUGCUCGCUACUGACUCUGGAACUCCACCACUGAGCAGCAACGUCACAGUGAACGUGUUCAUUCUGGAUCAAAACGACAACGUUCCAGUGAUCUUAUAUCCAGUCAGCUCUAACGGAUCUGCUGAAGGUGUGGAGGAGAUUCCCCGCAAUGUGAACGCAGGACAUUUGGUGACUAAAGUGAGAGCCUAUGACGCAGAUAUAGGAUACAACGGCUGGUUAUUAUUUUCAUUGCAGGAAGUGAGUGACCACAGUCUGUUUGGUUUGGACCGCUAUACAGGACAGAUAAGGACCCUUCGCUCAUUCACAGAAACAGACGAGGCUCAGCAUAAACUGGUCAUACUGGUCAAAGACAAUGGCAACGUUUCACUUUCAGCAACAGCGACUGUGAUUAUCAAAGUUGUGGAGCCCAAAGAGGCUUUUGCCGCUUCUGAUGUAAAAAACGCAGUAAAAGAUGAAGAGGACAGCGACGUCACAUUUUAUCUGAUCAUCACUCUGGGCUCAGUUUCAGUGCUUUUUGUGAUCAGUAUCAUUGUGCUGAUUGUAAUGCAGUGCUCCAAAUCUACAGACUAUUCCUCCAAGUACUUACAAGAUACAAAUUAUGACGGGACACUGUGUCACAGCAUCCAGUACAGAUCAGGAGAUAAGCGGUACAUGUUAGUUGGACCCAGAAUAAGUAUCGGUUCUACUAUAGUCCCGGGCAGUAAUGGGAAUACUCUAGUGGUACCAGAUCGCAGGAGAAGGACUUCUGGAGAGCUUUUAGCACAGAGAGCUCAUUUAGGCGGAGAACGAGCUUGGCAACUCGUGGUGUUGUCCAUGGUGCUGAACUCCGACAUCAUUUUCGUUGAAGUGCAUUCAUGGCGAAGUGUGUGA